AUGACGAGAACGGUUCAAUCAUCAGCUGUGAGGAUACUGUCGUUGACUUUGGCGCUUCUUGUUGUUGCCAUUACCGCUUCACACCAGUCCUAUGAUCCGACCAUGCGGGAUUACGUCGAAAUAUGUGACGAAAUGGCUCAGUUGGCUGGCGAUAACUUUUGUAGGGUAUUCGAUAUUUGCUGUCGUGACCGUGCAAAGAACAAAUUGAAUGGCGAUCGCUGUCAAUUAACUGAUCCCACUAAUGGAUGCCAACUCACUCCCGAGGGUAAUGUGGAGUUUCUACGAUGUCGAGCCUAUAAUUGUACCCCCGAGGUGACAACCACCACCACCACAACGACAACGACGACUACCGCCCGUGCUCUUUUUCUGAGUUCCUCAUCAACAGGUAUCAAGGCAGGUGCAUUUGUUACCGUAAUCGCAUUUGCUGCAGCUUUUCAACUAAGCUUCAGGCAAUACUAUCAUUGGAUAUUGCUCGCCUAA